GAGAGGCUGGUUGUCAGAGAUUGUCAGAGAUUGUCAGAGAGUGCCAGGUCUUCUUUGAGUCUUUUCUGUCUUAUUAAACAGGCGGCUUGACGUUAUUCUUUAAUCAUCUGGAGGCGGCAUUCGGAAAUUAUAUAUAAACAAGAGAAAGAUUUAUAGAAAUACAGACGACAACAACAAAACCAACGAAAACGACCGCAGUGGUCAAUUUAAAAAAUGCACAGCGUGGCUGUCCGGGUCGUGCUCGUCGCCUUCCUCCUGUUUGUGGGAACCGUUGAGGCAAGGAAAGGAGGAAUAACAUUCUGGAGGGAUAAGGUCACAUUAACCUGUCCAGACGAUGGUCAGUGGUACCACAAAGGCAAGGUGGUGCUCAAUAACUCCAAGACACAUGAAUUCAGGUAUUUGGGCAAAGAUAGGUACAGCUGCGUGUAUGUGGAUCAAGACGACAAUGAUGAAAGAACAUAUCAGUUCUAUUUGGAGGGAAACGUUUGUAAGAACUGCUUUGAGGUGGAUGCGUCUUUAUUUGGAGGGACCAUCAUUCUCGAUUUGAUCUUUACAUCAGUUAUAAUGAUAGCAAUCUACAGCUGGACCAAGAAGAAAAGCCCAGCAGCACCUAUUCAAGCUGCACCCAGAGCACCUGCUCGUCCAGCAGGAGCCCGACGUCCAGCUGGCCGCUCUGUUGAGUACGAACAACUGAACCUCAACACUCGCACCCAGGACACCUACUCUGUGGUGAAAAGGACCUGAUAGAGAGAAGUCAUCCAAUGGCAACGGGUCACGGGUUUAAAGUCGGCAUUCGCUUUAACUGUUGUUCACUUGGUAUGUCACUUGACCUGUGAAGAUGAAUUUUCUUUUACCAUUGUACAUAAUGUAGUUCAGACUUUGUUAGUGUAGACCGUGGGUCUUCAACGGGGGGUCCAUGACCCCUAGGGGGUCCGCGGAAGAACUGCAAGUGGGUCGCAAAAUCUUUGGUUGAUUAGACAUUUUAUUACAUUCUUUUAUAUUCCCCCCACAAUUUUUCCAUCAGAAAUUUAAAUUUCUUUAACCCUGUAAAGCCUGAACGUAUCCCUGGUGAUAUGUUAAAGCUCGCUGUAUUUGAAUUGCCGUAACAAACAGUGGUUUGCACUAUUGACAAAAUCAAAGUGUUGUUGUGCAAAUCUCAAGGGUAUAACUAACUUUUUUUUCAAAUUCCUCCAAACAACUCUCUCUUCCCGGGUCUCCCCGUAAUGGCAGCUUUUUUUCCCCCCAGAAAGCACAACAUCCCAGUGUUCAGCCACACUGAAUUUUGUCCAUCUGUGAGUUCCGGUAAUUCAAAUAUCACAAGCUUUUUAUGUUCAGGUCUUAAAUGCUUAAAUUCGCAUUAACAUGAAUCCAGUGAAAUCCCAGACGCAGACUGCAACACCAGCAGAUGAGAAGCUAACUGUGCAGCUCGCUCACAGCAGCCACUUACUGAGACCAAAAUGGCUUGGUGACUCAUUAUCCCUACUACCUUUAGCCAUGUUUAAAGUUAAAACUUGAAAUCUGUCAAGUAUUUUUUUAGUCUGUCAAUACAUCAGUAAGGCCUGUUUAUGUUUACGCCACAUGUUUGAAAUAAGGAAAUGAAUAUUUGAACCUGUGCAUUAUUUGAAAAGCUUAAUACUGAAUGCAACAUGAUAAUUAUAAUGUAUAUUUAUAAAUAGCACUAGGGCGAGUUUAAUACAGAACACAUGUAGUGGGUAGGGUCCCUACUAAAUCUCUCCAUCAGUUUGGGGGUCCUUGGCCUGAAAAACGCUGCGGACGCCUGGUAUAGACCUUCUGUGACCAACAUGGGACUUAGUAGCUGCUGCUAACAGUACAUCUAAGGUACAAGAGUCGGAAUUGCUGACAUGUGUUUUUUAAAUGAAUAUGUUUUAGCCUGCCUGUUUGCCAAUGAAGCCAAAUUAAAUUUGUGUUUGUUGUGAUCAACUCUGUGAAGCCAACGCAUUUACUGCUGUACUUGAGCCCAUCUUAUGGUAUGGGAACCAGGUAUCCAGACUAUUGAGCUGAAAAAUUUUCAAAAUCACGAUAAACAAAAGUCAGACACAUGUACCUGGUCAUCCGGUCAAAUAAAACCAAAACUAUCAAGAGAGAACUUGCGCUUUUGUUUUUAUUGUGUCCACUUAGUUGGUAUUUGAUCUAUUUCAUUAGGCCGAUGGUCAAUUAACUGUUCUGCCAUAACGUCUGCUUUUAAUAUGUUUUUUUUUAUUAUUAUUGUUAAGUUUUGUUUCAUGAUAUAUUUUUGGUUGCUUCGCUUCUGCCUUAAAGACGGUGAAUCAGUAACAAUGACAUGUUUUAGCAUUGAUGGAAAAAUUACUCCAUCAGAUCACAAUAAAGUGUAAAGUUGUACUUAGAUAGAUAGAUAGAUAGAUAGAUAGAUAGAUAGAUAGAUAGAUAGAUAGAUAGAUAGAUAGAUAGAUAGGUGUGAAAUGCUCCUGCUUACACACCCUCGCAUACUUGCUGGGCACUUUUUUCAUUGUAAUCUGAUGUGUCAAUCUUCUCUUCACUGUAAUGGGCACAA